UAUAGUCUAUCUUUACUCUCAAAAAAUUAAAGGUGUCGUUAUCCAGCACGUUAUUUACUAGAAGUUAUAAUUACAUUUAUCUCCAUGCUUUAGAUAUAAUCCUGUAAAUACGUCGAUAAGAUUGCAAUUGACGAUAAAAUUCUUCAUGGAAGUAGGAGUUUAUGAAAUAAUACAUUCAGGAUAUAAGCUAAAAUAAGCAUGUGCUUAACUGAUUUUAAAGUGACAUAUUAGUUAUUUUUGGUAAUUUUUUUCCAGAUUUUAGCCACUGUCAGAACGAAUGCACACCAUGGAGGAGAAAAAGCCUCGCUUCGGAGGCUCCAAGGUCUCAGAGAUCGCUAACAUUUUCCAGGCGAGAACACCAUCUGGAGAUUUUGCAGCACCAGUACUUCGGAAACUCACCAGAAACCUUUGGAAAAGCUAGUCAGUACAGAGAAAGUUGAUGAUAAUACUCCGGUAACAGUGAUGCGCACAGAAUCCCAUGUAACGAGGUUCAACAAUGCCAGGGCACUCUUUGAAAAGUUAGGGGAAGAAAACAAGAGAGACAGUAGAGUUAAUCCCCUUCAAACAACUAAAAGUACAUCCUGCGUACCGGAUGUCACCAAUAGGAGUAGAAGCAGCAGUGCGAACAGUGAAACCAGAGAAACCAAAUCACAUGGAGGAUCAAGGUCGCCAUCCCCUACAAAUCAAGGUUUUGCCGAUACAUUUAGCAACAGUGUGCCAAUGUUGAACAACAAUAGAAAUGGAAUUUCGGGAACCACAACAAAUACUAAUGUCGCAAAAUCAAUUUAUAAAACGAGUUACUCCACAUCUGAAGAAAAAAUGAAAGUUGAAGAAAGGAGUCCAAAGCCUGCCCUAAUGAAGAAACCUGAUAAACUUGAAAAAGUGGACAGACCUGAUAAACCCGAAAGGCGUUUUAACAGCAAAGAGCUUAUUGAGAGGCAAAAGAAUUGGACGUCUCACUUCUCCAAAAAUAAUAGUAGGAGUAGUAGAUAUAAUAGUGACCCGAAUAAAUCCGAAGCCAAACUGGCAUCAACGAACGGCAACAAGGAACAUGCUGCUCAAGACACAAAAUCCAGUGCCAUAGCCUCUCGAAGCGCGUCGUUCACUUCGAGUGGGCUCACAUCUCCUCCGACCUCACCACCCAUACCGCCAGUGAGGACGGAAGCUUCCAAGAGGUCUAACUUCGUGAGGAAAGAAAGACCAGCAUCUGUAAUACCCAGUCCUGCGGAUUACAAUGCUUCCGCGGGGUAUGCCAGUCCUACGAGGAGCCCUCUGAGGUCGCCAAUGAGAGACGAGGAGCAGUCCAGGAAUAGGUCUAGUUUGAUCCUGUCUUCCCCAGACAACGAUAUCGACCGAGAUCUCGACUUAGUUGGUAGGAAUAAAGAAAACGAAGUGCCAGUGAGAAAAAGACUGUUUAGGGAAUCCAGUAGUCCUGAAAGGGAUGCUAAGGAUGCCAUACGAAAAUCUCCAUUGGAGGAGAGGGAAUCUAGUCGUGAAAACUUAUCUGCUGCUUCAGGUAGUUUAUCUUCCCUGAGUCCUCCCAGUAGUCCUGGGAAAUUGAGAUCGGAGCAAGAGAAACAGGAACAAGAGGCAAAUGAAAAAUGUACAUUCGAUACUCCCGAGUCGAGACGUAGCAAACCAGAUGCAGAAUCGCCUAGAUCAUCUGAAGAUGGAAGUCGAACAAGGACAUCAGCGAAAGCUUCAACAGUGUGCCUCAACUUGCCUGCUGCCGGUUUGGGAAAAAGGCCUGCUUCUUUGGUUAGCUCUGCUACAUCGGAUAGUGAAGGUGGUUUCACCGAGCCUUCUCCUCGAGUUGAAGCCCGAUUAAGGCCACACGAAGAUUCUCCUGCUCCGCUACAACCAUCUGGAGGAAUUGGCUCUCCUCCAGAAGAGGAUAUUCGAGAAUACAGUGAAGGUCCACCACUUUUAGAAGAAGAAGAACCUCCACCUCCUCCACUAGUACCAAGACUGACUCAAGCUCAAGUGGAAGCCCUGUAUGCAGUUCCAUGCAAACCUCAUGCCAAGGUGUCACCUCAGCCCCAACAGCCUCCUCGAUCUCCGUCUCCACAGACACCUCCGGUUCCUCCACAUCCCACCAGGGGGAGUAUGCUCCAACAGAAAUCAGUACCUUCUACGGAUUCUGAAACCAGCCAGGUAUCUCAAGUCACUGUUAUCCCACAGGAUUCUGUCGACUCUGACGUUAUGUAUCACGAUAAAUCGCAGCACAUCACAAACUCAGUGCUGGCCGACCUAGAAAGUCAAGAAGCUCAAGAUGCACUAGAUCAGGACGACUCAGUGGACAGCAGUGCUAGCGUCCGUUCAGAACCGUUUAUAGUAAACAAAGAAAUCCUGCAGGACUUUUGCCCCUCCAGGCACAAUUCUGAAGUACAAAAGGCAGAAGCCAACAUUUUGGAUCUCAACGACGUGGAGUAUGCUGAUGCAAGUGACACAGACCAAGAAUCAGGAGUAAGGAAAAGUAAUGAGACUGACGUGAUGACGCCUGAUGAAGCCGAGCUUUUACUUAGUAGCAACAUUUUGGAAAACAAAAAUAGGACAAACAUCCUAUCAGACGAAGAAGCUCAAGAAGUCACUCGCCUGCUAAGCUCCAAUGAACCACCCGCAUCAAAACUCCAAUCAUCCAUCAUCCAUGACUCAAUGUCCGCUUCGGUCCACGACUCUUCAGGACCAAUCUCACUCAACGACAGUUUGGGCCCACCAAGUCUGCUGGACGACACCGCGACUACCAACGAGCAGACCAGCAAGGAUCUGCUUAACCAGAGCUUCAUUGCGGACCAAACUAUGAACCAGAGUUUCUUGGAUAGUACCAAUGAUACCAUGAAUCAGAGUUUUAUCGAGCAUGAUUCCAAGGUGCAAGAAGAAAAAGAACCUUUAUCCCAGUAUUACGAAUCCACAUCGAGUUUGGAUCUCACUCAAGAGGAAGAAGAACCUUCAAAAAUAGACAUAAGCAUGUCAGCAUCGGACUCAGGCCUCAUAGAUUCAGUGACGAGCAUCUCUGAAGGGAAUCACUUGGACUCCGCUGAACCAUUCGUUCCAAAGCCUGUUAAAAUAAUCGGGGUCGAGCAUGGCGUCCACUACUACGAGGAUGGCCAUUUCUGGAUGGAGGUUCCUGGAUUACCUCCACCUGAAGCAGAGGAGGACGAACUGGAAUAUCCUGCCUUUGUACCGAAACCACCUAGCAAAGUUUGUUUCUCGAAAGAACCGAUGAAGGUCUACUCAACAUUUUCAAUCUCCGAGUACGACAGAAGAAACGAAGAUGUGGAUCCGGUGGCGGCUUCCGCAGAGUACGAACUGGAGAAACGUGUCGAGAAGAUGGACGUAUUCCCAGUGGAGCUGGUCAAAGGUUCUGAGGGACUUGGACUGAGCAUCAUCGGUAUGGGAGUGGGAGCUGACGCUGGCUUAGAGAAACUGGGGAUCUUCGUAAAGACCAUCACGGCUAACGGGGCUGCGGCAAAGGACGGAAGGAUUCAGGUAAACGACCAAAUCAUCGAAGUAGACGGCAAAAGCCUUGUGGGUGUAACCCAAGCCUAUGCAGCUAGUGUCCUGCGAAACACUUCCGGCCUCGUAAAGUUCCUCAUCGGAAGGGAGAGAGAUCCGGAGAACAGCGAAGUGGCCCAACUGAUCAGGCAGUCAUUGCAGGCUGAUAAAGAGAGGGAAGAUAGACAGAGACAGAGAGCUGCAAUGGAGGCUGCCGAGUUGGCUGCUGCUGGGACGCAAAGUGAUGCUAGCACUGCUCAGCUAUCUGGUUCCGCCAAUACGAGCGUAAGUGAAGGACCUGCCAGUCCAUCAGUGAAUCAAGAACACUUUUUUGAAAAUGAUCAAGAUAGCAUCGAGUCACUCAAAGUACUACUGGCCGAGACCCAGCGUAAAUAUAGCAUGUCAGAAAUGGAAAUAGCACGGUUAAAAACCAAGAUUAUAGAAAAUGAUGGGCUGGUGCUGGAUGAUCCAGAAAAGCUUGAGCAAGUCAACUACAAGCUGCGUGAAGCUGAAAGAAACCUCUCAGCAGCUAAAAAGGAGGUACAAACUUAUCAAAAUAUGCUGGAACAAAGCCAGACUCAAUAUCAAACUUUGGAGAAGAAAUAUAGCAGAGCAAAGCAUUUGGUCAGAGAAUUUCAGCAAAGAGAAUUGGACAUGCUCCAUAGAGAAGACUUCUAUCAACAGCUGCUUCAAGAAAAGGAUAUAGAAUAUAAUCAGCUAGUCAAAAAUCUUAAAGAUCGCAUCAUAGCGCUGGAACAAGAGCUGCUGGAUACUCAGAGAAAAGCAGGUUUCCCAAUGGCUCUACCAUACGAUAACAUCAACUUGAAACAGUUAACACCCCAGAUGACAAGAAGACAACCCCCCAAACCCCUAUACCAAACCUUGGAACCGGACUUCAGCGACACAGAAGCAUCGGAUGCUAGCCCCGAUGAGGACAAAACAGCUACCGUUGAAAGAAAGUUACCGAUAAAGGAGGAGUUUGACCGAGCGGUACCACCCCAUGAGCUGUUAGACAUUUCGGCCAGUAAAAGCAAGGCGGAAUUGGCGAAUAGGGGGGCAUUGGCGAACAGUUGAUAUUCCAGACAGCUGCCGAGCGCAAAGAAAGGCUCCUUGAGCAACUCCAGCUCAGACUACGGCUUGGACGAGAGUUACAACUCCUCUGAAGAGUUGUCAGACUCCGCGUUUGCUCAGUCUGAUAACCAGUACGUGCAGCAGACUAACGAUACGGCUGCAACUACUGUGAAGACUUCUAGUAAGAGCAAGUCAGAAAGCUCCAGCACUAAACUGGAGAGGAUAGAUUACUCUACUAGCUUGAGCGAGGAGGUGACGAAUAUUAUGAGCGAUUCGAGAACAACUGAGGUGAUAUCAGGAACCGAUUCAAGCGAUAGAAUAUUAGAAGAUAAUCACAUAAAAAGAACUUCUACCGAAUCAGAAAGAAGCCAUACACAAUCACAUAGACAUCAAAAAGACUCUCGCCAAUAUUCUAGCCAAGACAGACAUAGAAUUCUGUCGUCAGAACCAGAACAUGAUCAGAGAAAACACCACAGAUCUGACCAUGAGAAGCAUAGAACGAUUCCUGCAGAAUAUGCUGAAUCAAGACACCAUAUCCCCCACAGGACUGCUGACUAUGGUAGAAUUCUAGAACACAGCAAAACGCCUGACAGAAUUUUGGAUUCUGGUGCGAGAAUUACCGGUGAUUAUCAUAGUGAAAGGACGUACGAUUCUGGUAAACAUAGAACCAUGGUUGACCCUUCCAGUAGAUCCUCUGAGUCUCAUAGACAGCACCAUUCUAGUAGAUCAAGUCAUGAUUCUACAAGAACGGUAGAUCCAGAUAACAAAUAUGAAAGUGAAAAGAUGUCAAGCCAAGAAGUGAAUAGAAUCGCUGAAAGUCAUAGAGCUGGUAGGAGCCUACAUUCUAAUAGAACAGAAAGUGACUCGGAUAGAAAUAGAAUACAAGACUCGGCAGAAAAAGAUGGAAGGAGUAUACCUUCUAGUAGAUGCAACAGUGGUGAUGAACUUUCUAGCAGUAAUGAUAGAACUGCAUCGGGAAAGGAAGAUUGCUCUGAACGUGUGGAAGGUAGUUCCAAAUUGUCUUCCAAAUAUAUCUAUCCCCCAUCUCAAUAUCAUACCAAGUCUAAUAGCAAGAGUGAAGAAUCUAGCGGUGGUAGAAUUAUGGUAGAAGAAAGUUUAGUAAAGCAGUAUUCUACGCAGAGCAUGUCACAGAACUCGCAUUAUGUUGUGCAGUACAGCCAGGUGCAGAAGCUAUAUCCUACGUCUCAGACUUUUCAGCAACCCAAAGGCGCCCCGUCUGGAGUAGUAUAUGCCAGUAUUCAAAAGGACCCAAACGCCGCUCAAAACCAAGCUACUCCAGAUCCAUGGAAUGACGGAGUUAGUCGAACUUCAAAUGUCAGUGGAGUAGGACCUCCUGCAUCCUUGGCUGAACAGUUGAAACAGGUACUUGCAGAGAGGGAAAAAAGACUAGGCAGCGAUAGUGUAAGCAGUUCUACCGACGAACUAAACGAAAAAUCUAAAAAUGAUCCUGCUCACCACUUAUUGGAAGAAAUACGACAGGCUGUUAAUGAGGCAAACGCUAAAGUGAAAAGGGUAGCUCCGGUGACUUUAUCACCACCUGAUCAAACACCAUGGCAGCAUCAAAGAGCUUCAAGUCCGACACCUCCUUCUCCCUGCAGUCUUUCAUCAGGAUCUGCCUCUCCUUCCAGACAUGAAUCCUCUUGGGUACCAACUGAUCUCAGCCUAAGUUCCUGUAGUCUGGGAAGCACCACUACAGCAGACAAGAGGUACUGGCAACAAAAUCAACCUGUCGCGAGUGUGAACGACUGGACCAAAGAGCAGGUGUGCCAAUGGUUAGUGCACGUCGGGAUGGAGCAACACGUUCAAAAAUUCGCUGAGCUUCAAGUCAACGGUGGGGCCUUGUUGCUUCUAACGUCUGCAGAUUUCAAAAUACUGGGUAUUUCUAGUGACGACAAAAACAGAUUGAAAAGGAGGAUCAAAGAAUUGAAAGUGCAGGCAGAGAAAGAGCGGAAACAGAUGGAAAGAGACAGGAAAGAAAGAGAGAAAAUGCAACGGAAAGCUGAGAAGGCUAGCAAAAAGCAGCAAGGAAAAUAAGAUUACUAACACGGCGUUUUAUUUGGCACCCUAUAUGGCAGAAAAAAGUUCGAUAUGUCUCGUCUACAUAGGUGAGAUUAUAGAGAUCACCCUUAAUCAAAAACUUGAAUUUACUAGGGUCUGUAUAUUGAUCGGUGAUAGCUAAAACUAACCAAAUGUUGUCUAAAGUUUAGAACCUAAAUUAUUACAGCUCCAAACUGUCUCAAUUUUCUGGUAAUGUGUUCUUGAAACGUCAGAGAUAAAUGAAGGAAUUUGUAAGGUGCCGCUGAUAUUCUCAACUAAACAGAGAUUAAAAAGAGUUUAUACUCGGGUACCAAAACGGAAGAGAAUCGUACGCUUCUGAUAAUAAUGUGUCUUUAUACCGACGAAGUGGGUGCGCGGAUCCCGCCGUAUGCAAAGACGCGGCGCCGCGUUAAAAGUGACGCACAACAAGGGCGUCAGCAUCAGCAUGGUCUAGGCUUGGACUCUGGGACAACGAACGACAGCAUAGCAACUGUCCUCUAUCAAGGAUAGAUGGGACGUGUAGAGUCAACCUGUUUGUCUCCAUUUUAAAAAAAAGUAAAUGUCUCUUUCUUUAAGGGACUGAGCGUCUGGGGGGGGACAAAAAAAAACAUGCACGCUACUCAUGACUUAAGAAACGGGUACCCUAUUAGGUAUAUUUUACUUCUCAAAUGAAAACCUUGCACCGUUCCCCCUAAUGGCGUACGAUGGGUUAUUCCACUCUCUUCCAUUUUGUACCAGACUGCACAAUGCUUGAAAAAUGAAUUUUGGGAAACAAGUCUCAACACGUGGAAAUGUACUCGUAUAUAGACAAAAGUUGUAAUUUCGGGAUCACCAGUGGCGUAAUUGAUAAAACACGAUGGGUAGGUAUGACUUCAGGACUGAAUCGACAUUUUUGGGCACCAACAAAAUCACUUGCAAGGUCACAAGUCUUUUUGAUACCGAACACAUUAAUUUAUACUUUUUAAUAAAUUGAUUACGUUUCUUUUUUAACGCAGCUAAACAGUAAACGCCACAUUUGAAAUUCGACAAAAGUUUUUGCGGAAUAUAUUUUAGUAUAUUCCAUGCACAUAAUAGAAUGCUCCUUCAAAAGGCCUGAUAUGUCGUUUGGGAAUAAUUAUUUAAAUUUAAUUUCCCAAUAAUCGUCGGAUUAAAAUGUGGAUUUAUGAAAAUUUUUAACCUGUAAACCUGAAGGUUGAUCUUCACAUAAGUAUUAAAAAAUAGUCUCGGUAAUAAGUGUAACAAAAAUUGUCAUUUUUAGUGUGUAUCUAACUAUUUAUGGUUAUAGAAUUGUAAAUGUGUAUUAUUUAGAAGAUUAUUUUGAUUUAAUACAAAAUCAAAUAAUGGAGAAAGUUUUUAUAUGCAUUUUACUAAGGAGUGCAUUUUCGAAAAAUAAAAUUGCUAAUUUAACCCUUGGCAUCUAGAAGUUUCGAUAUUUGAUUAAAAAUUGAAUCGAACAAGACAGUAAUCCAAGGAGAUGCACUUAUUUCACUUAUUGCCCCUAAAAUAUUUGCCAUAAAACAAUUGAACCAUUUUUCUAUAUGUGUGCUGUGUGUAUGAACAAGAAUAUGCAGGUAUAAAAUAAAUCGAUUACCUUACAUAAAACACAGAAAGGUGUUGUUUCAAAUAUUGGAAAUAAUAAUGACUCGUCUUUGUAAAUUUUUGUAUGUUGAGGUACUCGAAUUAUUCCUUACCUUAUACAGGGUGUUCCAUGUAUCAUGAAUCUUAAAAGUUUGAACUAUUCGUAUUUACGGCAAUAUGGGUGUUCACUAGUUUGACAAAGGGUUGCUGUACCACUUUUGGAAUGACAUAAAUAGAGAUAAUUCGAAAAUGUGCUACUGUAAAUUUACGAUUCAUUUUACUUUUAACGAAUUGAUGUUUUGGAUAUCGUUUAUGAACAUGGUAUAGAAUACCCUGUAGUGUAUAUAAUAUAGAGAGUAAGUUACUUUUUUCUUGUAGACCUCAUAAAGUUCCUUGUAUAUUCCUUAAUAUUGGUUUUUAAAUGUUUUCUUGUAGACCUUCUAAGCCACUUAAUAUUUUAACUUAUUUAUAUGAAACAUCUAUGUAUUAUUAUUCCUAAUUUUAGAUAUCAAUAAUUUAUUUCCCCGUUUUUUAUGAGAAUUUUAUGUUUUGUGAUAUUCCGUCACUUGUUUUAUUUGCAAUUUUUAUUUAAAUUAUUCUCUAUUUGGUGCAGAUUGCUGGACUUUUGUUAAAAAUGAAGAUAAAUGUGAUUAUUUUCAGUACACUGUAUGUUUUGUACUCCGGAAUUACCACUAUGCAUAAUUUGUUGUUUUGUGUACAAUAUAUAUGUUCCUUUCCCUUACUCCUUACUUAUUGGGCACAAACCAUAUUUUCAUUCUUAUAUUACGCACAUGGGGUGAUUCAUAUAGUAUUAAGGAUCUUAAAAUAUGCUACCUAUUAUUCCAUAAUCUUUUGAAGUUUUAUAAGUAAACUAGGUUCUUCAGUUCUUACUUGAACUCAAUAUAUAGAACACGUUUCAUAUAUGCUUCAUAUCCUUCUAAUAUAUUGAGUCUCUUUAACAGUCAUAUUUGAUAACCAUUGUUUUGGUAUAUAUUUGUGAGUCACCCUGUAUGUUUUGCAUACACAUAAACAUUACAGUACAAAUUGUUAAGAAAUCAAAAUCAUAUGAUUCUCUGAUUUUUUGCUUUUUGUCUUUCAGUUAUGGUUUCAAAUGAACACCAUUCUUUAUUACAAAAACUCAUGCUAUAUGUUCGUAAUGUAUUAUGCAGUCUUGAACUUUAGAAACUCUAAUUGAUGUUUUCUGGUUAACUCCAUCAGUUCUGUAUACAGUACACCAACAUUUUGACUGUUUUUCUAAUUAUGUACUAUAGAAUCUAAUUUAUUUCUAUGAAAUCAUCCUUUUGUAAAUUUUUUCAAACCAUAUUUGUAGAAACGG